UGGUAUAAUACCAGACUAUAAGACAUUACAUUGGGGACACAAACACCACUUUAUAGUUUGUUUUGUGCGUAAAAAUGCACUUUCGGCCCGGGACACUUUCCCUCGCAGUCCACCUAACCUCAAACAUGCUUCGUCAAUUCCUGCGCCCAAAUCCAGUGAUUUUGCGUCCUGUGGUGCGCAAUGUGCCCCAAAUUCGGGCCGAGUCGACCACCGAUGAGCCCCUUUUCGACAUGGAAAACCCCUUCGAGAAGGAGAAGCAGCAGUGUCUCCUCUGCCGCCACAAAAUCACCCCCGAUUACAAAAACGUGAGACUGUUGUCCCAAUUCCAGUCCCCCUACACGGGGCGCGUCUACGGGAAGCACAUCACCGGUCUCUGCGAAACCCAACAGAAAUUGGUGGAGGCCGAGAUAGUUAAGGCCCAGAGCGCCGGCCUCAUGGCCACGUAUUUGAAAGAACCGUGUUUUCUCAAAGACCCGAAGUUGUUCGAUGCUGAUAACCCCAUCAGGCCCCACAGGUUUUAAUUAGCUAAGAAAUGUAGGUAACAAUUUAUUGAAACUAAAUCAAUUAAAUAAAUUCUUUUUCCCUUAAACUAAA